CAUAAUCCACAAAUGGGUGUCAAGUUUGGCAACAAAUGCGAUGAAAGACAUCACCAAACGGUGUCCAUCGCCAGCCCUAUCGGGCCAAUGGUUGUCACCGUUUGCAGCAAUGGUUUGCAUCGCUUGUCGACAGCCAUCGAUCACCAGUUUGUUCCCAACCCGACCGCCAAAGUGGAGGUGACUGGUGUGGAUGGAGGGGUGGAUGUGUUGGCCAAUCCAUACGUCAACGAUUGCAUUGAGUGGUUGUCCGCCUAUUUCCGAAACGAUGGCCACGAAGAGUAUGCGUCCAAACCGGUCAUCCAGUUCUGCCCGUUUGUCACCAAUUCCGAGUUCUACCAGAAAGUGUGGCAUUUGUUGAGGAAUGAGAUCCCGUUCGGUCGCACCAUUAGCUACGGCGAGUUGGCCGCCCUGUCCGGCAAUGAGAGGGCCAGUCGUGCCGUGGGGUCGGCCAUGAGGAACAACCCGUUCCUUCUGAUGGUUCCGUGUCAUCGAGUGAUCAAUAAGGACGGAACUAUUGGCAACUUUUCGGGAACCGGUGGACCCACUCUUAAGCAGUGGCUUUUGGCUCACGAAUCGCACCAAUAGAUCCCAAUCUGAUCUGAUUUAUUGUUUGCAUUAUUUUUGUUUCUUAUAAUUUGCUUAAUGUUUGUCUUGAAUGUGAUGAUCAUAUCAUAAACCAUAUUGUAAUUUGGCACACAAUGUAAUAAACAUUGAUUUUGAUUACGAUAUUAAUUAUAGACCAAAAAUAAGUAUUCAUUUCCAAACA